AGAAAAGCAGAAAUCUGAAGCCAAAGACAGAAAAGUUCUGGAAAUUUUACAAGUCAAGGAUGUUAAAAUACAGGAGCUGGAGCAGCUUUCAUAUAUCUUCCAGUCGUUUGGAGAGGACUUAAUAAGGAAAAGAUACUGAAAUAUAAAAUGAAUAGAUGUUUAGAGAUUUGAGCAUCAUUGUUAUACCAGAGAUAGAAUAAAGACUGAAUCAGUCCUAAGACAGGAAAUAAAUGACCUUGUAAAACAGAAGACUAUGGUUGAUGAAGAAAAUGUGUUCUUGAGGAAAAAAUUCAGUGAUUUACAGAAGAAAUUUAAAGAUAAAAGCCAGGAAGUUAAGGACACCAAGGAGUGUGUACAGAAUAAAGAAGAGCAAAACAGGCUGUUUAUAAAAAACCUGGAGGAGGAAAAUGAGAAAUUACGUACACGCUGCGCUGACCUGCUAAAUGACCUGGAGAAACUGAGGAACCAGGAAGCACACUGGAGAAAAGAAAAACACAGUGCGGAGGCGAAAGUAAAGGCCUGUGAAGACAAUUUAAUUGAAGCACAGAAAGAAAUUGAGUUAUCACAGAGCAAAUAUAAUGCUCUGUCACUACAGUUGAGUAACAAACAGACUGAACUUCUCCAAAAAGAUACGGAUAUUACACUCGUCAGGAAAGAGUUGCAGGAGCUGCAGAAUCUGUACAAGCAGAACAGUGCACAUACAGCACAGCAAGCUGAGCUGAUCCAGCAGCUCCAGGUUCUCAAUAUGGACACACAAAAAGUACUCAAGAAUCAGGAGGAUGUUCACCUGGCUGAAAGUAUAUCAUACCAAAAGCUUUAUGAUGAAUUACAUAUUUGUUUUGAAACUACAAAAUCAAAUGAAGCUAUGCUUCGACAAAGUAUUGUUGAUCUUCAGGACCAACUGUUUCAAAAAGAACAAGAAAAUAUAAAACUAAAAGAAAAACUUAAGGAAUCACAAGGAGCACCCUGUCCAUUACCUCUAGAAAGUGAUUUGAAUCACUCAGCAAAGUUGUCUCAACAGCCAUCGUUAUCAGGCUUGGAAACAUUGAUGGUCUCACAGAAGUCUGAAAUCGAGUGUUUACAGAAGGACCUGAGAGUGGCAAAUGAAAAGUUACUGGAGAGUAGACCUCCUGCCCAGAGUUUCUCAGGGAAGAGUGCUGACAGAAAACGCAAGGAACCACCUGUGAAACGCUCAAGGUCUUUGUCCCCAAAGAGCACUUUCCUGGAUUCAGAGGAGCUAAGGAAGCUGAAACAAGCUGAAAGAAAGAUUGAAAACUUAGAGAAGACACUACAGCUAAAGAGCCAAGAAAAUGAUGAGCUAAGAGAUGCCCAUGAAAAACGCAAGGAAAGGCUACAGAUGUUACACACCAACUACAGAGCAGUAAAAGAGCAAUUAAAACAGUGGGAAGAAGACAGUGGCAUUAGGACUGAAACUAGAAAAGUGAAGCGAGCACAUCCUCAACAACUUCGACAGGAGGACUCAGAUGCCAUGUGGAAUGAGCUGGCGUAUUUCAAAAAGGAAAACCGAGAGUUGAUGGUGCAAAAGCUGAAUCUUCAAGAUGAAUUGGAUGAGCUUAAAGUACAUAUGUCUAUUGAUAAAACAACAAUACACGAAUUGAAUAGGUGCAUGGCAGAGAAAAGAGAAGAACAAGUCUUUAGACACCAUGAAGAUGCUGGGGUCAAGAAGAGUACUCCAGAGAAGAAUGAGAAAGCAAUACCAGAGCAGACAUUGCAGAAGGUCAUUGAGUUGGAAGAUCGGCUAAAGUCUUUUGAGAAAAAGUCAAGAAAAUUAAAAGAGGGGAAUAAGAAAUUAAAGAAAGAAAAUGAUUUCCUGAAAUCCCAGUUAAAGCACUAUCAAGAAGAUUCCGAGGUGAGAGAAAGAGAGCUAGAGCACCUUCUGAAGGUGAGUAAAGAUGUAGAAGACGACAGAGGUGAACUUGAGAGCAAAAUCACUGAGCUGGAGAGGGAAGUCACCACCCUGAGGAAACAGGUGGCAGACACUAAGGCUUUGAGAAAUGAAAAGGAAGAGGUGGUGAGUCCAGGGCAGAAAGUGCACCAUCCCACAGACCAAGCUAAAUGUGCAAUGGCCACCGCAGAUGGGAGAGCCCGGCAGUGUGACUGCAAGACAACCACUACCAAGGUGAAAUUGAAAGCUGCCAAGAGAAAGAUCUCUGUGGGUCGCCACCACACUGUUCUCAAUCACUCCAUCAAGGUUAUGAGCCACUUUGAGAACCUCAGCAAGGACGGCUGGGAAGAUGUGAGUGAAGGCAGCAGUGAUUCUGAGACACACUCUCAGAAUUUGGGAACAAUUAUUGUGGAAACAUCUGAGAAGAUAGGCCCUAUAGAAGACGGUGGAGACCAGAAAGAAACUGAAGAAACAGAAGACAGCAGUGCCCAGCAAAGGGCAGUGCAGACAGACCCACAGGAGGAGGGCAAGGCCUUAAAGGAUAUUUCUCAUUGUAAGAAUACCAAGAAAAUGGCUUUUCAAAAGAAAAGUGGAAGCAUGCAGAAGAGUUUACAUACAGUGGUUCCUGCCAGAGUUAACAGAGAAAAGUACAAAAAUAUACCUGCCCAAAAAUCCAGUAGCAACACUGUUUUAUUACGAGAACGGAUUAUAGCCUUACAGCAGCAAAACAGUUUGCUUCAUAAUGCCAAGAAAACAGCAGAGUCAUGUGCUAAGGAAUAUAAAGAAGCAAACGAGAAACUCCUCCAUCAACAGCAGAUAUCUGAUCAACGAUUUCAGACCAGCAGACAGACAAUAAAGAAGUUAACUCUUGAUUUGGCUGGACUUCGAAAAGAAAAAGAAGAUUUGCUGAAGAAAUUGGAGUCUUCAUCUGACAUCAUGAACUUGGCUGAAGAAGUUUCUAGAGUAAUGGCCCCACAGAUACAAGUUACCACACUGGGUCCUUCAAGAAGCAUGGAUUUGGAAAUGAAGCAAUUACAGUGUAAACUAAAGAAUGCAACUAAUGAACUCACUAAGCAAACAUCAAAUGUGAAGUCUCUGAAACUGGAACUCCUAGCAAAAGAAGAACACAUAAAGGAGAUGCAUGAAAAGAUGUCUCGGUUGGAGAGAGAUAUUACCAUGAAAAGACACCUGAUUGAAGACUUGAAAUUUCGACAGAAAGUGAAUUCAGAAAGUAAUGAGAAUUUUAAUGAAAUGUUAGAAAGUCUUGAAAAAAAGGUGAAGGCAUUAACUGAAGAAUGUUCCAACAAGAAGGUAUCAGUUGAUUCACUAAAGCAAAGACUUAAUGUUGCUGUGAAAGAGAAGUCACAGUAUGAACAGAUGUAUCAGAAAACUAAGGAGGAGUUAGAAAAAAAGGAUCUCAAGCUGAGUCUCCUCGUAUCAAAAGUGAACGACACAGAGGCAGCGAUGACAAGGAUUGAGACAGCCGCAGCGGAGCAGCUCCAGGGCUUAGCGCUGCAGAGUGAGCAGGUCCUGGGAGCUGCGCAGAGGAAACUGGGGGCAGCCAAUGAAAAGAUCGACGAGUUCCUCAUCUUUGUGAAGGCUUUGGUCAAAGAGUUACAAAGUGAUGUCCAUAGGACCAGACAUCGAAUCAGGGAGCUUAAGAAGAUGCAGAAAGGCAGACAUGCUUGUAAAACCUCAACCCAUAAAGCCCAAACCUUGGCAGCAUCCAUCCUGAACAUUUCACAAUCAGACCUGGAGGAAAUACUGGACACAGAAGAUGAAGUGGAAAUUGAAAAGACAAAGAUAGAUGCUGAAAAUGACAAGGAAUGGCUGUUGUAUAUUCAGAAACUUCUUGAAGGACAGCUUCCUUUUGCCUCAUAUUUACUCGAAGCAGUACUGGAAAAAAUAAAUGAAAACAAGAAACUAACUGAAGGAUAUUUCACAGUUAUGAAAGACAUUAGAUAAUGUUAUAGAUACAGUUCAAGCAUGAGCAUUUCAUGUGCUGUGGUUGUAAACAGUCCAGAACAGUAUCUACUCCAGUUAUCAAUGGGUGGCUUCAAUAUCAAAAUAAAUUUCUGAAACUAAUUGAUUCCUGAACAAGUGACCCUAACUAAGUGCUUAGCCACUUAAAAGGAGAGUCUAGCAUUUGGUUGUUGGAUAUAAAUACUGUCACAAAUACAAAUUAAAAGUGAUUUUCCUCCAGUACAGAGAAAGAAGCUUGAACAAGUUUGUUACAUACACAUUGGUCUGAGUAUAAAAAGAAAAAGGCGUAAAUAAAGAACUUAAUAUUCUAAAUUUUAUAUGCAAACUAGGCUUUUACAUAAAACUGUUAUAAAUGGCCCUUUGUGAUCCAGUGAAUAACAUAUUUGUGUGGUGAGAAAAUAUAAAGUAAAUUAUCCUAACAUUAUCCUAACAUGAAUGAGGAGCAUUGAAUGAAGCUAUUAUGUGGUUCAUUGUGCCUAUUCUCAUUGACAUACUGGAUUAUACAGAAGAUACUUUGUUUUUCUAGAACUGUCUGGCAAAAAUAAAAAAAACAUUUUCUCUUCCUUUCUCUCCUUAUACAGUCAUAUAAAUGAACAAGGGCAGGACACCGGUGUCUAAUGUUGGUGGAGACCUAGCCAAGCUCCUACCAUCGUUACCUAAUUACCAAUGCCUUCUCACCAUGACAGACCAUUGCAUUUGGUUCCUGAAUUCCCCCCUCACCACACUUCCUCCCUGUGUUCUUGCCAUACACCCUUGGUGUCUCUGAGUCACUGAACUUUGGCCUCCACACUUGAUGUAGGUGUCCUGUCUUUGCAGAAUGCUCUGUGUGUAGCUUUACUCAAACAUGUCUUUUUCUCAUUAUUCAGGUUCAGUUUAUCAGUUCCCUCUUAGACAUAUUCUCUGAAUAUCUUACUGUUUACAUGAAAUCAUCUAUUUUAAAUGUGGUCACUUCUUUGUUUAUGGUUUAUUCUCAUUUUUUUCCUUAGAAUGUAGAUUCCAUGAAAUUAAGGCAGGGGUUGGCAAAUUAAGGCCCAUAGCCAAAUCUGGCCUGCCACCUACUUUUAUAUGGUCCACAGACUAAAAAAUUUUUUACUUUAUUAAACUGUUUUGAAAACAAUACUUUGUAGCAUGUAAAAUCAUAUGAGAUUUAAUUUUACUGUCUUAUCAAUAAAGAUUUAUUGAAAUUU